GCUGUUGCCGAUCGGGCGAUCGACACGGCCCAAGAUAUCUUGACGCACCCCUCACGCGCCUUCAUGCCGGCCGCCAAGAUGAAUCUGCCGCUCACCACUGACGGCAUCGAGGAUCCGUCGUGGCUGCCGGCCACCAAGAAGGAGCGGAUCGUCGUGCUGGGCAUGGCCACGCCACCAGCAAGGUGGUGGUUGAAUUGGCAGCAAAACAAGCGGGAAGAUCGGCAGCGACCGGUGAACCCCGACGAUGCGAGGCUUCUGAUGGAGCUCUCCUACGACAAACUGGUGUACGCCAUCGGAACAGGAACGGGGACCUUCGGGGUCCCGGGGGUGCGAGAGAACUGCUACAUGCUCAAGGAGGCAAGCGACGCGCGACUGCUACGCGCCGCGAUCGUUAACGUCCUUGAGGAGGCGUGCUUGGCCGGGAUGACGGACGAGGGGAAGGAAAAACUGUUGUUCUUCGUGGGUAAGGGGUAUUGUGGUGCGCCGUCACAGAACUUUCAGAACUUUCGAGUUCUGUAAGCGAGCUGUCACAGAAAGUUCGGUAGGGUACUGGGGUCUGUCACAGAACUCACAGAGAAGUUCGGUAGGGUACUGGAUCUGUCACAGAACUCACAGAACUAUAGGGUAUUGUGGUGAGCCGUCACAGAUCUCACAGAACUUUCGAGUUCUGUAAGCGAGCUGAAUGUUCUAUUGGCUGUCCGAUACUCGACACAUAUUAAUAAAGGUUGCUAUGCGCGACGACAUGCAGCGAAACUCUUGAUCAUUUCAUUUGGAAAACCCCAACAACAAACGUCACUAUUCCCCAAAUUCUACUCACGUGUCCCAUUGCCUUCAUGUUUUUGUUGGUGAUGAGGUGCCUCACGCACGCACGCCAUGGCGCUUGCGGUAGAACCGCCCUGAGGGCCGCCGGUGAUCCUUUGUGACCGUCGAUGAAGAACGUCACCUCGCCGAACGAAAGAAGUCGAUGCAUGUGCUCGUUCCCGCAGGUCUG